AUGAACGUCCAGCUGAGCUUGGAGAAUGGGGGGGACAUGUCGGAGCAGGAGCUCAUGCACAGCGACACCCGGGCCUUGCACUCGGCCCUGCAGAGGCCAUCUCUGGUGGCUUCUGUCCUGGAAGGGAGCGAGUACCACCGGGCGGAGCACGCCUUGGCGACCACGUUGCACCCUGGGCUGGGCUUCGGUGGGGAGUCACCCACCGCCAGCACAGCCAACAGUUACACCACCUUGACCCCGCUGCAGCCCCUGCACGAGAAGUUCCACCAUCAGCACCACCACCACCACCACCACCAGUGUCUGCCCAUGGGGAACGUUAUCGGGAGCUUCACCCUCAUGCGGGAGGACAGGGGGCUGGGGACAAGCAGCAACUUUUACAGCCCUUACCACAAGGAGAUCGGCAUGGGGCAGAGCUUGUCCUCCCUGCCCAGCCCGCAGCUGGGCCCUAUGCACAACUAUGCCGGACACUCCGCCGGGCACCUGGGCAAUGAGAAGAUGGUGCUUGGCAAUGGCUUUGAUGCCCACUCGACCUCCAUGUUUGGCCGGAUGGACCAGCACUUUCCGCGGGAGAUGUCUCCCUCCCAGAACUCCACCAUGGCCUCCCCAAACACCAUGAGCCAAACCCCCUAUGGCCACCCAAGGUCGGACAUGAACGCCAGGCCCAACCCGCCCAUCGCCACUCAGACCACCGUCCUCUCCAGCCAGUUGGAGGAGAUCAACACCAAAGAGGUGGCCCAGAGGAUCAUCGCCGAGUUGAAGAGGUACAGCAUCCCGCAAGCCAUCUUCGCCGAGCGGGUCCUCUGUCGGUCUCAGGGCACCCUGUCGGACCUCCUGAGGAACCCCAAGCCGUGGAGCAAGCUCAAGUCGGGAAGGGAGACGUUCAAGAGGAUGUGGCGGUGGCUGCAGGAACCCGAGUUCCAGAGAAUGGCAGCUUUAAGGUUAGAAGCCUGCAAAAGGAAAGAACAAGAGCAAAGCAAAGCCGACAGAAACCACGUCCCUAAGCGCCACCGGCUGGUCUUCACGGAUAUCCAGCGCCGCACGCUUCACGCCAUCUUUCAUGAGAACCAGCGCCCUUCCAAAGACCUUCAAAUCACCAUUGCCCAACAGCUGGGCCUGGAGCUCUCUACCGUCAGCAACUUCUUCAUGAACGCUCGACGGCGGAGUCUGGACAAAUGGAUGGAGGAAGGCCGUUCUCCAUCCUCGGGCAGCCAUGCCGCCAACGCCUCCUCAGCCGUCACUUGUACCAAAGCAUAGCGGGUGGUGCAUUGAUCGCCUCUCUCUACCCUCCAUACACCAAAGAUGGCGGAAUGGCACUUGGCCAAUGUGUCGAAAGGGCAAAACGGGGAGCUUGACUUAGUUGAUUUGCCCCCUUCUGGAUUUAAUCCUACACUUUGAAAUCAAGCCAGAUUCUAGGCGGGGGGGAGUUACCAUUUCUGGUUACCGAGACUCCAAGGAGGGUUAACACCGAAAAUCAGGAAUAGAAAAUAGCAUCUCCCCUUGCAGAGGAUGGAGGUUUUGAAGGCACUACGGUCAAGGCCAUUUCAAGAACUUUUUGCUUCUUUGUUCCCCUUGUGACCUGUUCUUUGUUGUUCCUAUAGAGGAGGCAGUGCCAUCUAGUGGUGAGAGGCAGGAAAUAGGGGAGUGUGGAAGUGCUGAAACCUCUCUUGGUUAUCUUUUAUCCGUUUAUGGAAAGAUGGCAGUAGAUAAAGGAGCAAAGCAUCGGUUUCAUACAUAAUCCUGGAAAGGAAAGGAAAUCUGAAAUUGUCCUUUCCCCCACCCAAACUACCAAAUCUCAGCCGACACAGAAGGGCUGAACUGAGUUCCCCUCAUCUACUAGUGAGCUGCAUAAAUGCUGAGCAAGUGAGAAGCUCCUUUUAGUGCGCCUGAAAUGCU